CUUUGGCGCAAAGUAUGAGUGAGUAACAGUACACUCCUUUAGAGCACUUCCUGUUAUCGUUCAAAAUCCUUAAAGCCCUACACACUCUCACUUUCAAAUGGUUCAAACGGCAACCCUAUGAAACCCUCCCCGCUCCAUUUCCAGAAUCCCAACCUUCUCCUCUGCCCUAACCCUUUCUAUUCCAUGGCAUUCUCUUCCGCGUUCCGCUUCCUCCGCCUCUCUCCAUCCUACCCUCGUCUCCUCUCCCCAGCCCACCCUCGUCUCCUCUCCCCAUUCCAACAUCGUCUCAUAUCCGCCCGCGCCCCUCGCCCUCCGGCGGCGGCGGCCAGGGCCGUUAGGCGCAGCGACAGGAAUGACAGUGUGACGGCCAUAACGGAUAGCGGUAACGGUAGUGAGGGAAGGGUCGUGCCCACGGAACUUCACAAGGAGGCCACGGAAGCUUACAUGUCGUAUGCGAUGUCGGUGCUUCUCGGUCGGGCGUUGCCGGAUGUUCGCGACGGCUUGAAGCCCGUGCACCGAAGGAUUCUAUUUGCAAUGCACGAGCUUGGUCUCUCAUCCAAAAAACCUUUCAAGAAGUGUGCGAGAGUUGUUGGAGAGGUAUUGGGAAAAUUCCACCCUCAUGGAGACACUGCUGUAUAUGAUUCCUUGGUUCGAAUGGCCCAGGAUUUUUCCUUACGCAGUCCUUUGAUCCAAGGUCAUGGGAAUUUUGGGUCAAUUGAUGCUGAUCCGCCUGCUGCCAUGCGUUAUACAGAGUGCAGACUGGACGUAGGUUUUAACAUCUGAUUUAUUAUUUUUAAU